UAUCAUGGCGGAGGACGAAGACGGUGUUUCGGAUAAAAAAGCACCUGAAAGUUCGAAUAAUGGAGAAUCUUCGCAAGAUAGUCAACAAAAUGCCAUUAAACCCGACUUAGGAAUAGAAGAAGCUAAGUAUGAUGUUAAAGAAAAUGGAGAUGCGGAGCCUAUUGAACCUAUAAGUUCAACGUCUAAAUCGACUGGUGCAGUGCGCAAGGAAGAGAACCCUUUUUCUUUCCGGCACUUUUUGAAGCGAGACCUGUCGUUGCCAGGGAAUUCAACAUAUGAAAACACGGGGGCCAGACCGAAAGUUUACGCAAAUACAGUGCAGCAUUCUCCAACAAAAAUAGAUAUCCACGCUGAUUCGAGGCGUGAAAAAAUACGUUCAAGUGAAAUUCAAGCCAAAGAUAAACAAAGUGAUGGCAUAAGCCUUCGUAACUGUGACAAUGCAUCUUCGAGUAGUUCCGUAGAGAUACCUUUUAGUGUAGUUGAUAAUACCGAUUCUAAGCAUAAUCUAUACGCGGAUAGUUCCGACGGCCCGUUUUUUCACAGGCCUAAUUUAGCUUCUGAACCUUUAGGCAUGCCGUCAUUACCUGAUUUUGUUCAAGACCACAUAUUAGUGGAGCAAGCCUAUUUGAACUCUAAUGGCCCUAUAUCCGUCGACUUGGACAAUUUACCCGAUUUCACGUUUAAUACAAAUUUCAAUGCCGGAUCAUCAGCUUCAUUGGGAAGAAGGAAUAAAAGUGGAUAUGGCAGUAAUAGAAAUUAUGACUUUGAAUCUUACAUGGGAGCAGCCUCCACAUCUGCAGAAUCUGGUCCAUCCACUCGAAAUAUUCCUUUGGACUUGCCCACUGGUGCGGAGGCAGCUGGGCCGGUGCCUCUUGACCUGCCCGUACACCUCAGCUUGGACUUAACUGAGUCUGUAAACUCGGCUGAUCGCAGGAAUGUAUCGCCUAGAAAUAGUUUUCCAUUGGAUCUCCCUCCUAAUGCAGGUGCAGAGUCUAUGAGGCUACCAGACUUCCUACCCGUCCAUCCGGGUAGGACUUCACCGGAACCAGAGCAUCAAGAUGAGCAGCUUCAGCAGAUAAUCUCCGAAUUAGAGCGCACCAGAGCGGAGCUGUUCGCGGAGCGCAGUCGGCGCUCGCGCGCGGAGGAGGAGGCGCGGGCGGCGCGCGACGCGGCGACGCGGCUCCGCGCCGAGGCCGCCGCGCGACACUACGGCGCCGCGCCCGACGCGCCGCCCGCGCCGCCCGCGCCGCUCGACGCCGCCCGCUCGUCCGAGGCGGAAACGACGGUCUCCAAAUUGAAAAAUGAAGUGAAGAGACUAAAGGAGGAGCUGUCGGCGAGUCGCGCAGAGGUGCGCGGGCUGCGGGCGGCGCAGUGCGGGGUGGCGGCCGACCUGCGCCGCGCCAGCCAUCGCGCUGAGACCUCGCUCAGGGAGCUCCUGUCGGGCUUGGAGCGGUUACGGACCCUGAGUUCGACCCUCGACCCAACAUGAUGCUAGCUGUCCCACGUUCCUGUCGACCUCACACCUCAACUUUUGUAUUCAUUUAUUUCUCUAAACACUGCUAUUUAUAAGAUAAUUUAUUAAAUAUAAUUAUUUAACCUAUACUGAGUUGAUUAUACUCUGUGACUCGGUUGUAAAAUAAAAAAAAAUGUCUUUUUUUGGAUUUGCACUUCGAAUCUCUUUAAUAAUAAAGUAUGAAAGUAAAUCUUUUUUAAAUAUUUUUAUAUAGAAAAAGAAACGAUGUUUUUACAACUGAGAGAAAUUACGCUUUGAUUCCGCGAUAAUGUGAACUGUCCACGUUUUGUCUAUGUUAGUGUUUGGUUUGAACCGGAAACGCAGUACAAUUAAGUUUAUGUACAAUCGAAAACAUUUUAAACGUAUUUAGAAUUAAAUUAAUUUAAAUCCUUAUAUAGUUGUGUAUGGGAGAUCGUUGGAAUCGUCCUUGUGAUGUUUCAGUAGUCUGGGAUCAGGUCAAACCCAAUCAGACCCUAUCCAGGUCUAUGAAAAAAAAAAAAGUAAUCUAUCCCCACUCCCAAAUAAACUCCAUACACAUUUUCGCUAUACAUCCCUCUAUCUUUAGGAGUGAUAGUGUUGCAAGCGUUAAAGUUUUAAGGCCGACCCUGACUAAUGUAAUUGUAUAGAAUGAUCGAUAUUUAUUUUUGUAAUCGAAAAUAAUAUAUAAGGUCAUUAUAUAUUUGGGCCACUUCUGAACUGUAUUCGUUAUUGAACUUUAAGAUAAUAAUGGAAAGUUGUGAAGCGAAAUUUGAUUUAAUUAACUUGAACGUGACUUAUUUUUAGACUAUUUAGUUUGGUAUAUGUUGGUAUUAAGGUGAAAUUGAUGACGUAAUUGAAAAAAAGGUUUUACAAAAUUUAAAAUUAAAAAAACACGACUGCCCUUAACGUUUUUAUUUUCUUAUAGCCAGUGUCACUGUAUAAUUUAAGGAUUCUUAAAUUGAAAUAUUAAAACUAUUUAAAAGAUAUGGAAGAAUAAAGAAAAUCCUAUACACACAUGAACCCUUUUGGACUCAGUCGUGUAAAAAAAGUGUUGUUUUGAAGUUACGUUGAACUAAAGCGUUGUGACGUCAUACAUUCAGUUUAAGGUCACUUGUUUUUACAGUUUUUUUUAUUUUUAUAUUUGACUAAUCGAUUAUGUAACUAUUGAUUACAUAUAACAUUUAAUAUGCAUUAUAUAUAUGUUACAUUUAAAAAUAAAACAUUAUUUGGUUACCCAUAACGAAGAAGUUGAUUUUAUUAUAAAAUCCGAACGAAAGAUAGUUUUAAAGCUGCCGUUAAAAUUUGUCGAAACACAAUCGACGUUAAAAAUAUAUAGUAAGUUAUUCACGCGAUAUUUGUUUUUAUUUACACCGCAGCUAAACAUGGUAAGACGCUUAAGCUAAUACAUAGCAUCCGAUAUAUUUAAUUUUUACCAAUUACAUGAUGUUAAAUAUGUUUGUCUUCCGAGUGACGUAGGUUAUGAUUUGGCGCCAAAAGAAAUAAAAAAUGGCGAAUGAUCACAAUAGUUAAAGUGCUUUUUCGACAAACUAUGUUAAUCUACGGGAUAAAUUAAUCAUUUAGUAUUCAGAGAUCACACUAAUGUCCAACGGUUAUUAUUACAACAUUUACUGUAAACGGGCUCUAAUUGGAAGUUCUAAAUCGUGUAAUGGAAAAGGUAAUUAAAUAACUUUUUCUUUAUUAAAUCAUUAUUAGCUAUUACUAAUGUUUUGUUGGUGUACACGUUUCAGGCUCGUAGUCGAAGAUGCUUGUCUGUUUUAUUAUUAAUAACAGUCGUGUAAUAAUUAUUUGCAUCUAUUCGAUUAAUAUUUAUAAUUAUGUAAACAGUGAAAGUCAACGAUGAAGAUGCUGCUCGGUGUCGAUCGACAUUUGUUGAAAUCGUUUCAAUUUUUGCGAAACAAAUUCGAGCAGGUUGACAGUCACUUGUUUUUUUUAACCCGUUUUAUUGCUUCGAAAAGCCCGCAACCGGAGCCUCACACCUAAUUUUUAUGAAUAUCAUUAACAAAUAGUGCAAGUAUUUUAAAUUCAAAUCUGUUAGCCAUUUUAAGGUUACGCCAUUAUAAAGACAUUCAAAUACAUAUAUGAACCCUUAAAACAUUACACUCCUUUUGGGGAGUUAUAUUUUAGUGUGGUCCCAGCAUUAGAGUUAUGACAUCGGUUACAUUGAAUGAAACAUCGAUGUCGACAUGUAUAUUCAGAGAUAACAGCCCUAGAUGUGAAAGGUACUAUGUAAAAAGAGGCGCGAAAAUCCCAACGAUGAAUAAAAUGGCGCCUAUUUUUGAUUUUUAAAAUAUACUUUAUAAACGAAUUAAACUUGAUUAACCAUAUUCAAGAGUUCGAAACGACUUUGUAUAGAAUAUAUGUACUAUUUUCAUUUAUUCGAUUAAUUUAAAAAUGGUAUUUUCAAAAAAAAGUAAAAAGAUGUUUAUACGUUUAUUUUUAACUUUUUAAAUAAUUUUAUCACAUGCAAUAUUUUCUAUAUUUUAGAACCUCGAAGUACUAUAAUCGUUUUGAAUUUAAGCUCUGUAUUUUACUUAGAGCCGGUUGUACAAUUGUACAGUUUAAUUUAUUUUGUAUGUGAAUGUACGUUCAAUAAAUUGUAACGAGUGAAAUUAACAAUCUGAUAUGGCAACGAUUUAAUUAGUUAUCGAAUAAUGUUAAAUUAUUUAGUCUAUAAACUGUGAUGUAACCAUAGACACGGAAUAGAAUGAGACCAUCGUGUACAGCUGUCAAGUGAAUACGAGUGCAGUGAUAUAGUAUGCUUAAAAUUAAAAAAAAAAAAAAAAAAACUUAAAUGGUAAAUUAAUGCAUUUUUUUAUAAAAGUAAAGUUCUUGAAACCUUUUGUGUUUGCUUUUUAAUUUUUCAGUGUUCAUAAUUUAUUUUUCUGAUUGCGUCCAUGAAUUUGAAAAUAAUAGCGAUUUCUGUUUUAAAGUACGAUAUUUCCUUAUUCUUUCGGCGAUACUAAAUAGCAAUGUUCCUCGAAUUCGAAAAAAAUUAAAAGUCACUGCUUUAGAGAGUGGUCCAUUUCGUGAGGCUAUUGGUCAGUUCAUUCUGAUAUCAUGUCUAUGGUUGUAUCACAAUACAUAUAAGAUUAGAUUUAAAAAUGUAAAUUGCUAAAAUAUGUGGCUUUUUAUUUCAUAUGUCAUAUAAUGUUAUAAUAAAAACAUAAAUUGAUUAAAUAUUUAUUUUGUAUAGGUAUAUCAUAUCGGAAUAACGUUUUGAAAUUAUAACUGAUGUUUCAAUACAAGAAAUAAAGAUUGGAAAUUACUUUCUUUAAAACUAAGUAUGAAUCUUGCUAGAUAUGUCAAAGCACUCGAUAAAAAUACAGCAAAAGUUUCACCUAAAUAAACAUAUACAUUAAUUAAUCAUUCAUUAAAAAGGCAAGGGUUAUUUUGACAAAAUUACCCUUAAGAUUGUACUAUAAACAAAAUAAUGUAAAUAAAAUCAUACAUCGUAAUGUAAAUUCGUAUGAAAUAAUGAUUCAAAAUUAUAAUUAAUUGAAGUAUUGCAGCGGUAUUUGAAAAAUGUCGCACAUAUCUAAAAACUUAAAUUGUAAAGGAGGCUUGAAUAAUAGUAGAGCCACGUGCAUAAAUACUAUUUUGCGUAUAUUCAAUUUAAUUAAAUUUAUUCAUAAAAAAUUUUUAGUACUACCAUGUAUUUUUCUGUCUUUUUCUUAAUUUAUUUUUAGUCUGCAACUCAUCAAGUCAAUUAAAAAUCACUUAUCAAGCCAAAAACAAUUCCAUCUUCACAAACGUGAAAAAAUCUCCGAGAUUUUAUUGAUUGCCGUAAAGAAAUAAUUGACCAAAAACUUUCCCAGGUGAGGAGAAGGUUUGGAGCUUAUUCCACCACGCUGCUCCAAUGCGGGUUGGUGGAAUACACAUGUGGCAGAAUUUCAGUGAAAUUAGACACAUGCAGGUUUCCUCACGAUGUUUUCCUUCACCGUAAAGCACGAGAUGAAUUAUAAUCACAAAUUAAGCACGUGAAAAUUCAGUGGUGCUUGCCCGGGUUUGAACCCACGAUCAUCGGUUAAGAUUCACAUGUUCUUACCGCUGGGCCAUCUCGGCUCUCCUCAAAAAGAGGAGAGGAGGCCUUUAGCCCAGCAGUGGGACAUUCACAGGCUGUUACGGUUUCCCAGGUAAAUUUACUAUUGGCAACACUGUGAACUGUGUGAAGAAAAUAUAAAUAACAGCUAAUGUGAAAUUGUGAUAUACAUUUCUCUCCAAGUUUGUGCUAUGUUAUUAAUACAUUUUAAAGAUACAGCAAUAAUCGUGUAUAAAUCUGAAUUUUAUAUUAUGUUCAAAAUAUCGUAACGCAUAUGGGGUACUAUUCGAUACCUGGCUGAAUUCCGGAUACUCGAUCUGUUGGAAAAGUAGCAAUUAUAAAAUAUUUUGCAUUGUAUCAAAUUAGUUCAUUAAUUAUUGAAGUUAAUUGUUUUUAUAUUAGACGAGUUCUUUGAAUUAUCGGCACGCUGGCUUAUAUUCUUAAAUAUUUUCCAGUAAUCGACUAAAUAUCUAAUAUGUCCAUUUUAAUCGACGGCAACUAAUAGGUAUUUUCUUACUAUGUUUAGUAUACGUCACAAGCAAACGUCAUAUCCAGCCCCGGAUUUAUGCCUAGGCCUACCGCACCAGCCUAGUGGCACCACCAGUCGAGGGGCCCCACCUAAAAAUAAUAAGUUGACUCUUAACGACUUCGGAAUAGGGGGGUCGCCUCAAAUGUCAAAGUGCCUAGGGGCCUUGGAACUCCUAAGUCCGGGCCUGGUCAUACCAGUUCCUGAUCAUUGUCAAACUAUUGUGAAAAAAAGAACACUUGUUAUUGGAAAUGCUAAAUUGUAAUCGUGUAAAUAUAUUAUGGUUGUUUUAUUUAAGUUCCUUAAUUAUAAAUUAAAUGUAGCGAAUGUGACUUAGAUGUAACGUUUUAAAAAAAUUAAUAAAACUAAACAAAUCAGACUUCAUAAAGUUAAGGAUUAAAAUAUUUUGACUUUUAGAGGUAGAUUUCACCACGAUACCCAAUACCCAGCGAUGUUACUUUCUUUCGAAUAAUAGAUAAUAAAAUUAUUAACUUGAUGCCUCACCUAUAUAUAUUUAGUGUAUGUAACUUGAUCCGUUGUCAAGUUCCAGAUUCCUCGAAACACUUUCCGUGUAUAAUAAAAUUAAUUAUAUUAUUGGUAUUAGACGUUUUCCAUAAAUGUACAUAACAUUUAUUUUAAGAUAAAUUAUCUAUUUUGAAAACAAUCACGUACUGUAUGCUGGUCCCAUUAAAUAUUGGUCGAUUGACGAAAUAUUAUUGUUUAAUGAGCAAAGUAUGACUUCUGUGAGCGUGAUGGAAACAAAUAAAAUUAAUUUUAAAUGGUUGUGUUUUAUUAAAAAUAAAUACUUUUUUCAUUAUCAUUAGUAAUAUAUGUGUAGUUUAUGUUCGUAUUAU